UACCCUGGACGUGGGACACGAGUUUAUUUGGCAGAGUAACCCAGGUUAUAUUGAAACAUUUGCUGUACAUUAUUGUAUGUGCUCUGGAAGUUGGUUUUUAUGGAAGCAUUCGCUUCCAUAAAACUGUGAGAACAGUGUGGAGUACUGUGGAGAACUGUGAACUGUUCAGUUAUUUCGAGACACUUCUGGCAGAGGACGAGGAAUGUCGGCAGUGCUUUCGACAAUUUCGCAGCUUGUGCACGACCCUUUUAGUGCCGAUGGAGGGUAUUGUCGGCGACAGUGCCAAAAGUAUACAAAGUAUCGUCGACCGCGACACGAACUUUGCGCGGAAGUACGGAUACGCGGGAGGUCUUCGAUGGAAUGCGAUCAGCGCCGUGGAGAUAUUCGAGCCUGUGCUCGCUUACUGGGAAAAGCGCGUGGACACCGACAAGAGCACGCUCGAGCGUUUGCUCGACACUGGCGUCUUGCUGGAACUAAUGAAUUUGUUUGUACACAUGAACAGAGAUGAAUUUUACUCCACGCACGUGUCGGUCAAGUGCAAGUCGUGCCUGGGCAAACUCUGUACAGUUAAGAGGGACUUGUACAACGCCGUGGUGAUAAAAUGCAGAUUCGUCAGUCUGGUAUGUAAGUUUUCCGUUAACAUUCAAUUCAUUAAACAAUUGGCACGAUUAACAGGACAAGACGUUAAACAUUCGUGUUUACGAUUAUUGAGACAAAUAAUCUCAAACGAAGUUGCGGUGCUGUUCAACUGGCACGGUGUCAAAAACAAAGAAAACUUUUCUAAACUGAACCUGUGUCAAGUAAUUCUAAGUGUGAUAAGGAACGCCCAUACAUCCGUGAAGGAUGAACAAAUAUCUAAACCAAUAAAAAUAUGGUUGGCACAUGCCAAAGAACGUAUAGAACGACAGAGAGGAAAAAAUACAACAGAUCAAGUUCGAAACAACGACGGACGGGAUGCUCCGGCCCAGCUCCAGUCUCGUCGUGGGAGCGACGAUCAUUAG